CUAUAAUUGAGGAUUGAAUGGUGUUAAAAUAGUUAGGCGGUAGUUUCUUAACUUAUCGAACCACGCCACUAUAUUGACAUGGAUAACAGCAAAGGAAGUUCAGAGGAAGGUGGUGAAUUUUCAGACUCCGGAGAACUUCACGAAUCAAAGUGUGAAAAUCCUAAAUUAAGUGCCUUGCAUGAAUAUCAUCUUUUGCCUGGUCCAAUUAAACGACGGGUUCGGGCUCUUAAAAAGUUGCAAUAUGAGACCCUGAAGAUAGACUCCGAGUUUUACAAAGAGCUUUUUGCACUAGAAGUUAAGUAUGAUGUACAACACCAGCAAAUAUUCUCGAAAAGGCGAGAUAUUGUAUUGGGUGGUAUAGAACCGACGGAUGAAGACUGCGAUUGGCCUACGGACGAUGACGACAUAUCUCUAGACAAUUUAUCAGAAAGAUUAAAGAGCACAGCCAAUGUCACUAAAGACACCAGUAAUAAAGAUUGUCAGACUGACGUUAAAGGUGUCCCAGACUUCUGGCUCAAAACUCUAGAGAACAUUUCACUAUUUGAUGAGAUGGUGCAAGAUCAUGAUCGUGAUAUUUUAAAACAUCUAAUAGAUAUUAAAUGUGUUCUCAAUACAGGGGAGGAAGCAGGCUUUACACUGGAAUUUUACUUUUCAUCAAAUAAAUACUUCACUAACAGUGUAUUAACUAAAAGGUAUUAUUUCAACUACGACAUACCUAGUGAGGAUCCUUUUGGGUAUGAAGGACCUGAAAUUGUUCGCACCAAAGGUUGUGUUAUUAAUUGGCAUCCGGGUAAAAAUGUUACAGUGAAACUGGUUAAAAAGGUUCAGAAACGAAAAAGCGGAGGCGCUAAACGGACUGUGACGAAAAGUGUUCGAGAAGAUUCCUUUUUCAAUUUUUUUGAGCCUCCUGCAGAAACUCUCUCCGAUGAUCUGGAUGAGGAUACUGAAAUGCUUUUGGAGUCCGACUUCAAGCUUGGUCAGUUUUUGAGGGAAAGCGUUAUCCCGAGAGCAGUACUUUACUUCACUGGUGAGGCAGUAGAUUCCGAAUUUGAUGAUGACGAUGACGAUCUAGAUGAUGAAGAUUUAAGUGAAGAUGAUGACGACGAAAAAGAGGAAGAAAAUGAAAAGGAGAAUUCUCACUCAUGUCGUGGACGGCAUCAUCGUGCCCCCAACCGACCAAAACCCAAUCAGAAAACCGGAGAAAAUCAAGAAUGCCCACAACAAUAAAGCUAUUGCCAAGUUUGUCAAUAUAAUCUGAUGUAUCCUUAUUUCAAAAGAUUUAUUAAACGUUCAUGUUCUUCAAUGAACAACCUCUAUUGCAAAAUUACAGAAUAAACCAUGAAAAAUAAAAGUUGUCGUUGAAACGUUUACUUUUGCUUAAUACUU